AGGCAGAGUAACACGUCGCUCUAGUAAAGUGAGAAACCGGCCGGCUGAAAGACGUCUUUCUGUCAUUUACGUUUGCCUGUUUUUAACUCCAAAUGCUGUAAUUCAUCUCGAACACGACAGUCUGUUAAGCUGCGGUUUAUCCUUGAAGCCAACCUGAUAUAAAAGAUCGGUGAUGUCGACCUACCAGGAGUUCAUCCAACAGAACGAGGACAGAGAUGGUGUGAGGUUCAGCUGGAACCUUUGGCCCUCCAGCCGUCUGGAAGCCACUAGAUUAGUGGUUCCAGUCUCUUGCCUCUUUACACCUCUAAAGGAAAGGCCGAACCUGCCACCUGUUCAGUAUGAGCCAGUCGUGUGCAGCCGGGCGAACUGCAAAGCUGUGCUCAACCCACUUUGUCAAGUUGACUUCAGAGCCAAAAUAUGGGCGUGCAACUUCUGCUUCCAGAGAAAUCCUUUUCCGCCCUCCUAUGCAGGCAUAUCAGACGUGAACCAACCAGCUGAACUCAUGCCUCAAUUUUCUACCAUUGAGUACAUAGUACAGCGGGGGCCCGCAGCCCCUCUCAUCUUCCUGUAUGUCGUGGACACAUGUUUGGAAGAAGAGGACCUCCAGGCCCUCAAGGAGUCCCUGCAGAUGUCCCUGAGCCUGCUACCGCCCAACGCGCUGGUGGGCCUCAUCACAUUCGGACGCAUGGUUCAGGUUCAUGAGCUCAGCUGUGAGGGGAUCGCCAAGAGCUACGUGUUCAGGGGCACCAAGGACCUCUCCUCCAAACAGAUCCAGGAGAUGCUUGGUUUGACGAAGCCGGCAGCUUCAGGACAGCAAGGUCGUCCUGUGGCUCCUCAGGACGCCGCCGCUGCCUCUUGCAAGUUCCUUCAGCCCGUGCAUCUUGUGGAUAUGAAUCUGACAGACUUGCUUGGAGAGCUUCAGAAAGAUCCCUGGCCUGUCCCUCAGGGCAAAAGGCCUCUCCGCUCCACCGGUGUCGCACUGUCUGUUGCUGUCGGCCUUCUGGAGGGGACAUUCCCAAACACGGGGGCUCGUGUGAUGCUUUUCAUUGGCGGGCCGCCCACCCAGGGACCAGGCAUGGUGGUGGGAGACGAGUUGAAAACCCCCAUCCGCUCUUGGCAUGACAUUCAGAAGGACAACGCAAGGCAUUUGAAGAAAUCUACUAAGUAUUUUGAAGCCUUGGCCAACCGGUCUGCAGCAAACGGCCACAGUGUUGACAUCUAUGCCUGCGCUCUAGACCAGACUGGACUGCUGGAGAUGAAGUGUUUGUCCAAUCUCACAGGGGGACACAUCGUGAUGGGAGACUCUUUCAACACGUCUCUGUUCAAACAAACCUUCCAGAGAGUUUUUAGUAAGGACUACAAUGGAGACUUCCGCAUGGCGUUUGGAGGCGUCCUAGAAGUCAAGACCUCAAGAGAGCUGAAGGUAUGUGGAGCCAUUGGACCAAGUGUUUCUCUCCACUCCAAGGGAGCCUGUGUUUCUGAGAACGAGAUGGGUAUUGGUGGCACAAGCCAGUGGAAAGUGUGCGGUCUCAACCCCUCCACAACUUUGGGCAUUUACUUUGAAGUUGUGAAUCAGCACAAUGCACCAAUUCCCCAGGGAGGCCGAGGGGCGAUCCAAUUUAUCACCCAGUACCAGCACUCCAACACGCAGAAGAGGAUACGGGUCACCACCAUCGCCCGGAACUGGGCAGACGCUCAGUCUCAGAUUCAGCACAUUGAAUCGUCGUUUGACCAAGAGGCAGCCGCGGUGCUCAUGGCUCGCCUGGGCGUCUUCCGGGCAGAGUCGGAGGAGGGACCAGACGUUCUGCGCUGGCUUGACAGGCAGCUCAUCCGCCUGUGUCAGAAGUUCGGCCAGUUCAACAAAGACGAUCCAACUUCCUUCAAACUGUCGGAGUCCUUGUCCCUCUACCCGCAGUUUAUGUUCCACCUUCGUCGGUCGCCGUUCCUGCAAGUGUUCAACAACAGUCCAGACGAGUCCUCCUAUUACAGGCACCACUUUGUGAGACAGGACCUGACCCAGUCCCUGAUCAUGAUCCAGCCGAUCCUCUACUCGUACUCCUUCUACGGACCACCAGAGCCCGUGCUCCUGGACAGCAGCAGCAUACUGCCGGAUCGAAUCCUGCUCAUGGACACUUUCUUCCAGCUGGUUAUUUACCACGGAGAGACCAUAGCUCAGUGGAGAAAGGCAGGCUACCAGGAAAUGGCAGAGUAUGAGAAUUUCAAGCAGCUGCUCCAGGCUCCUCUGGAUGACGCUCAGGAGAUCCUGCAGACGCGCUUCCCCAUGCCUCGGUACGUCGACACCGAGCACGGAGGCUCACAGGCUCGCUUCCUGCUCUCCAAAGUCAACCCAUCACAGACCCACAACAACCUCUACGCAUGGGGACAGGAGUCAGGAGCCCCGAUCCUCACUGAUGAUGUCAGCUUACAAGUCUUCAUGGAUCACUUGAAGAAACUGGCUGUUUCCAGCUCCACGUAGAUCUGUUACGCCACAACAUCAAAGGAGUACAGCCUACUAGGACCCUACAACAUUUCCCAUAUUUUUUUUUGUAAAAAAGCCAAAUUUCCAGUCUACUGUAUGUGCUUAAUCUGUUUUUACGUUGUCUGCCUUGACUUGUGAUAUUUGCAAGGUACAGAGUACAAGAGUCAGGAGUUGUGCACACAUGAAAAUACUUGUAACAUGUUUUGUCAUUAAGAAUUUAUUUAUGCAGAAUCUGGCAGUAGACUCUGUACAUGUAAGCAAUAUGAAAUUCCUGUUUUAUACUAGAUCUUACCUCUGACACGCAGUGAUUAAUCUAUUUACAUUAGUUCCUUGCUCGUCCUUCCAUGUGUGUGUCUGCUGCGUCAGACUGGAUUGAAGCUGCUGUGAAAUAAGAUGCCUGUAUUUGUUUGCUUUGUCUAUAGCUAAAAUGAAAUGUUUAGAUUUUUUUUUGUUGUCAUAAAUAAAUUAUGGUAAAUGCUCACGUGGCUAAUAGGACCUAAUGAUGGGGGGACUUGUUAAUCUAACAAUGUUUUUCGAGGAUUACGCCACCGACUUUUUCUGAGAAAACUACUGAAUAAUGAAGAUUCAAGUUCUGAGGAAAGGACGUCAACCGCAUCCGCUCAACUGGACAGUGUUUUGGUUUUUCAACACCAAGCAUUAAGAUCUAUUUUUAGCGUGGACUGUAUAAGACAUUCUAUAGUUUCAUCUGGACUGGACCAUCUGCUACGUUGCGCCAGAUGUCUGCCCAAGUGUCUUUGUAAUCCCAACUUUUCUACGAAGCACAACCAUAACGGUUGUCUGAGCCCUGCCCGCAUGAAACUGUCUGUUCGUUCUUGCACCAGAGUGUCGGAUACUUUAACCUGAUCGAUAAGACUUAUUUUGAACAUGUAUAAAAAAGUAUGAAACGACUCUUAAAAGAAAUAAAGAACAGUCAAUA